AUGAACAAUUUUGAAAAACAAGUCAAAUCCCAGAGUAAUAUCAUUGAAAAUAAGAAACGUUACGUGACCCUUUUGGAUAAAAUAAUCUUAAUAAAUGGCAUAGUAAGUGGUAUACUGCAACUGGAGUCUAUGUCAGGCUUUUUAAGUUUCAUUGCUGUAUACCUUAUAUCUAGCUUCCUCUUUGUUGCAUUUAUUUGUAAAUUCAGGGUUAGUAAAUAUCUUGAAAACUCAAUUGGGGAUCUGAUAUUUGAGCAUAUUGUUAGGGAAUUUUUAGGUUACGUUAUGGCAUGGACCUUCAGUUACGCACUAAUAAACUAG